ACCGCAGGUCCUAACACAAGUCCAUCAGGCCAACAGGGCGAUUCCUUGAUAGCUCUAGUAAUUACAGUCGAGUGCCGCUGUCGAUAGCCCUGCCGCCUAAGAGCAGCCAUUUUCAUACAUCAUCUUGGUACAAUGGCCACCGUGAUGCAGAAAAUCAAAGACAUCGAAGAUGAGAUGGCAAGGACUCAGAAGAAUAAAGCGACUGCUCAUCACCUUGGCUUGUUGAAGGCUAAACUUGCAAAACUGCGGAGGGAUCUUCUAGCACCCCCAUCAAAAGGUGGUGCUGGUGCUGGAGAAGGUUUUGAUGUUACAAAAAGUGGUGAUGCUAGAGUUGGUCUUGUGGGAUUUCCUUCUGUUGGAAAAUCUACUCUGUUGAACAAGUUGACAGGCACCUUUUCUGAGGUUGCAUCAUAUGAGUUUACUACGUUGACUUGUAUUCCAGGUGUUAUCAUGUACAGAGGAGCUAAACUUCAGUUGUUGGACCUUCCUGGUAUUAUUGAGGGUGCCAAAGAUGGAAAAGGUAGAGGAAGGCAGGUUAUAAGUACUUCCAGGACCUGUAAUUGCAUAUUGAUUGUUCUUGACGCAAUAAAACCUAUUACUCACAAGCGUCUGAUAGAGAAAGAGCUUGAAGGGUUUGGAAUUCGGUUAAACAAAGAACCUCCUAAUUUGACAUUUAGGAAGAAGGACAAAGGUGGAAUCAAUUUGACAUCAACAGUUGCUAAUACAAACCUAGACCUGGAAACUGUGAAGGCUAUUUGCAGUGAAUACAAAAUACACAAUGCCGAUGUUCAUCUUAGGUAUGAUGCAACAGCUGAUGACCUUAUUGAUGUCAUCGAAGGUAGCCGAGUGUAUAUGCCAUGCAUCUAUGUUGUGAACAAGAUUGAUCAGAUCACUCUGGAAGAACUGGAGAUCCUUGAUAAACUUCCUCACUAUUGUCCUAUCAGUGCUCAUCUGGAGUGGAACCUAGAUGGUUUACUUGAGAAGAUCUGGGAAUAUCUGAAUUUGACCCGCAUAUACACGAAGCCUAAGGGAAUGAAUCCAGACUAUGAAGAUCCUGUAAUAUUGUCGUCAAGGAGGAGAACAAUUGAGGACUUCUGCGAUCGUAUCCACAAAGAUAUGUCUAAACAAUUCAAAUAUGCACUAGUUUGGGGUUCAAGUGCAAAGCACAAGCCACAAAGAGUGGGAAAGGAGCAUGAACUGGAGGAUGAAGAUGUUGUCCAAAUUAUCAAGAAGGUUUAGUUUUAUAGGUUGCUACUGGUGCAUCCAAGAGUUUUGAUUUCUAGCAGGUAUCAUUCCCUGUUGUUUCGUCGGUAUGUGUUUUGCCCUCUAUCUUCUUCCCGACAGUGUCACUCAUUUGGUAUAUGGACUUUGUUCUUAUUAAUUAAUUAAAUUAAAUUCUUAAUUAGCAACAGUAGUGAAAUCGAAUGAAUUUUGAUGUUACAUUAUUUGUAUACAGUUAUCCGUAUAUCUUUUAUCGGCAUUCAAUAAAAGCUUUAGAGAUACGGAAUUUAUUAAAUGUCUGCAACAAAG